CGACAAAAAACCUUUAAGCGCAUUAUUAUUUAGCUUCAAUUUUGAUGCAUUUUAUUUACUUCAUAAAAUAAGGUCGGUGGAAUCCUUGCCGUUCUGAUGCCAAAUCAUGUAAAUGCUUUGCUCUGAACUACAGUAUUUUCAGGACAGAAUCAUUUUAGCGAAUCGGUAAUAAAUCCACCUCAAACAAAGUCUGUUCUUGAGGACCAACAACCCAGUAUGAGUGCACGUUUAAUCAAGCCUGUUCUUCACGGAUAUUUUAGAAGUUCUUGCUCGUGGAGAGUCCGGAUAGCGUUUGCAUUGAAAGGCAUUGAAUAUGAGCAAAAAGCUGUAAAUCUCAUUAAGGAUGGCGGGCAACAGCUAACAGAUCAGUUUAAGGCAAUAAACCCAAUGCAGCAAGUGCCUGCAGUCACUAUUGAUGGCAUCACCCUGUCUCAGUCGCUGGCCAUCAUCCAGUACAUUGAGGAGACUCGUCCAGAGCCCCGCCUCCUGCCUGCGGACCCAAAGCAGCGGGCUCGGGUCCGCAUCAUCUGUGACAUCAUCGCGGCCGGGAUCCAGCCUCUCCAGAAUCUAUAUGUGCUUCAGAAAGUCGGAGCAGAGAAAGUACAGUGGGCUCAACAUUUCAUCACCCGAGGAUUCGAGGCCCUGGAGCCUAUCCUGAAGCAGACGGCAGGAAAAUACUGUGUUGGUGAUGAGAUCUCCAUGGCAGAUAUCUGUCUUGUGCCUCAAGUCUACAACGCUGAAAGGUUCAAGGUGGAUGUGUCCCAGUUCCCUACCAUCAGAAAGUUAAACCAGACCUUAAUUGAGAUCGACGCUUUCAAAGUCACUCAUCCGUCACGUCAGCCUGAUACUCCUGAUGAUUUGCGGGCGUAAUCUGAGUAAUGAAACCAAUAAAAACACUUUGAUAAA